AUGACUGAUCUGAGAGCGAUGUUCGCUCGACUUAGCCUAUUCGACGAUGGAAGUCUAUUGACUGAGUUGGUUUUUGAGACUGAGGACAAGGCCAGGUUGAUUCUAGAUCGACUAAAAGCGGCAUCGGAUAGACAGAAAUCUUAUACAGAUCUGAAGAGACGCGAGAUGGAGUAUUCUGUGGGGGAAUUCUUGGAGCUUCCUCCAGAGUUAGACAGUAUUCACGAUGUUAUCCACGUCUUGAUGUGGAAGUGCUACUGCUUUGAUCCCACGCAUAUUGUUCCGGUUGAGAAGAUUGAGGUUAGGCUAGAUUUGACCUUCGAGGAGGAGCCGAUUCAGAUUCUAGAUCAUGAAGUUAAGGUCCUGCGAAGGAAACCUAUCCCUUUAGUGAAGGUGCUGUUGUGGAAUCAUAGCACUGAUGAGGCCAUGUAG